CAGUGAUGUGACAUAACUAUGAUCUCACAAUGUCCCGUGGGCCAAUUAAGCCACUCACUGGGACACCAGCUAUUGUGCCUCUGGAGCACAAGGAGUUAGUGCAGGAUCACAGCACCACAAGAGCUCUUGGAAGGACCCGUGGAGCACCAUUUCAUUGCUGGUGUCCUGCUGAAAGGCAGAGGCACUGCUGAGUGUAUUGGGAUAUAGUGGGAAAAAGGGUGUAAUAAGGGGACAUAGCAGGGAGGGCAGCACCAUCCUCGAACAGGAUUUCAAAAGGCCUGUCGCAAAUCCACCCACAUCCUGAGGUGGAAAGAAGAGCUGUGUUGCUGUGGGGGCCCUCCCCUCUGGGGACUCACGGUUUUCCCAACAGCCCGUCCCUCUGGCAGGUCUGCCUGGGUGUCUGUGUGUUCCCAGCUCAGCCUCAGAAUAUCCCCUGUGAAAAGGGGAUACCACUGAAAUGGAUUCUGACCUGCUGAACCUCCCAAUUGGGGUCAAGAUCCCUGUGAAGCCCAGAACCAAGCCUGUCUUCUGCAGGGGAAAGGUGGGGGAAAAGCUUCACCAGCCAUUUCCUUAUUUCACCCUGGACGACCCCUACAGCCACCACCUCACUAUAGAGUACAACUGCCUGCAUGACCCCCACCUGCGGGACUACCAUAAACGUAAGGAUGUUCUGAAGUUGCUGAGGAGACGGGGCUUUGUCACCAGUGAUAAUAAGGUGGUUUGCACUCUGAAGGAGUUCAAUCAGUACAGGGACUAUCUGACCAGGCACAAGCUGUAUUCAGAGCAGAUGUCGAUGCGGAAAGAGGAAUGUAUUCAGCCACCCCCGGCCAAAUUAAAGCACGGCACCCAGCUGCCGGGAGCCACCAACGCUUCCCGCCCGGGAAAGCGGUGGAUGCAGACUCACAAACCUUAUUGCCCACCUCCACCCAAGAGAAGAGAAACCACAGGGAAAUUGCAACAAUCCAAAACAGUGAAAGCAGCUUUGGACGAGGACCAAACCUACUCCACAGCUGAUCUGGGCCAGGAAGACACCCCGCUGCGUGGGAGUGUCAGCACUGGUGCUGACUCCCAGGGGAAGCCAGACAUUGCUGCUGACGGACAGGUCAAAGCUGUGUCUGAACAACUAACUGCAGCAGAAGCUCAGAAGCUCAAAGAACUGGUUGAGACUGUUGUGCUCAGAGUUUUUGGGAAGCUGAAGGUUCCUCAGGAUAAGCGUGUCGACUUUUUAAAGAACGCUGCCCAGGGGAUCAGAGGAACAUCUUCCGGCAUGAGAGCACAGCCUUUGGAGACACCUCAAGAUCACUGUCAGGAAAUGGAAACGGUGGCCCAAGAGCUUGUAGCGACUGUGUUGGAGAUGUUGGGGGACCAUCUGGAAUCCCAAGCUUCUGACCAAGGAGCAGCAGCCAGUCUGGAGGAGCAGCCUGUUGAUGGAGGAGCCACCCAAGCAGACAAAUCCGAGGAAGCUGAAACAGCCACUUCACACAGAGCAUGUUUAGAGGCUUGCCUUGACAAACUCACCGGACUUGUUGUUAAAAAUGUUCGCAACCUCUUGAAAUCCAUGGUAGCUUCUCAGUUUGGACGAGACUCUGGCGGUGAACACACUGAAAUCCUGGAGCUUCCCAAAGGACAGGCCUCCAACAUUCAGCCGGAGCCAUCCCAGACACUUUCCUCAAAGCAGGGCAUGGAAGCAAGACGAGGAUUCCCCAGAGCAUCUGAACGGCAGAGGCUGGAAGCAAGCAAGGGAACAAAGUUGCCCCCCUUACAACCAAAGCGCCGUGCAGAAAGGACUGGCUAUGCCAAAACCUUGGAGCCUGAGGUUCUUGCAACGGUGAAGGAGAGCUUGGAGAAUGAAGAGGAUGCAACAACUUCAGGCAACACUUUGGAUAUAAGGACCAUGGCAAAACAGAUCAUUCAGUCUGCAAUACAGCGGAUUUGUCAAUGUGGGCCUGCACCGACCCCCGAAGAGGAUUCCAAAGGGACCACGGCAUCCCAAGGUGGAAAGGAGAGCGGUGCUGCUGAGGACACCCUCCCCUCUGUGGGCCGACGGAUUUCCCACCAGCCCGUCCCUCCGGCGGGGCCGAAGCCCCCUGCCCGGGCUGGAGCACGGCACAGAGCUGUGCGCCCAAAGCCCGUCUGAGGAGAGCGAGGUGUGUGGCAGGAGAGGUGAAGAGCCCCCGGACAGCAAACACAGACCCACACCCUUGUUUUGUCAAUAAAGAGUUUA